AUGGAGGGGGAAGAAUUUCAGCUCCAUUGGGAGUCCGAGGUUAAACCCAAAACUGAAGUGUCUGAAGAAGUAAUAUGUGGGUUGGAUAAUGUACAGACAGUACCAUAUUCCAGCAUGACAACAGAAGAACUUAUAAAUAAUGCUGAUAAUAUAGCUGCAGAGAAUUUAAUGUAUUUAUCUCAAGAUGUUGUAACUUACACUGACUCCGCUGAUAUAGUAGCCGAUCCUAGUGUUGAAUGUGUCACUGAAGAAGUUAUUACUGAUGACUGGGUUAUUACUGGUGGACAGGAAAGAGUAGAGGUGCCUUUUGAACAGUUAAUGGAUCCAGCACAAGACAUAAAAAUAGAAAAUGAUAUUGAUGUGCCUUUACCAACAGACCAGGAUGAAUACACAGCAAUGCGACCGUUUCCAUGUGAUUUUUGUUCCCGGAGAUUUAGAAAGAAAGCAGCUCUUAUGAACCAUAUGGUGGCGCAUCAGAAUGAUAGACCACAUGCAUGUAACCUUUGUGGUGUUCGAUAUGUACGCAAGUGUGAUCUUAUGAACCACUUCAAGGUCCAUGCUUUUAUACCAGAAGCAACUGAGCAUAUUGUUCAGGAGUAUCCCAGUGAUGAAGAAUUGCCAGAGAGUCCACUUCUUAAGCCAAAAAAGAAAAGAGGCAGACGGAAAAAAAAACCUGAAGCAGUAAAACGGCGUUCCGGACGUGAAUAUGACGUCAGCGCGUACGCAACAGUGGUCCCGUCGCGGGCGUACACCCCCCAGGGCCCCCUCCCCCGCCCCCUCUCCAUCACCUCCACCUUCUCCCUCACCGCCCCCAUCUCCCUCCCUCUCCCCCUACCGCCACCCGCUGACCCUGCUAGGCCCUUUGUGUGUAGAACGUGUGGAGUCGGAUUCGCAAGAGAGAAAGCUUUGCAAUCGCAUUCUAGGAUACACGGCGGCGAUUCGCCUAUAGAGUGCAGCGAGUGUGGGGAGCUUUGUUGGUCGCGAGAUAGCUUAGCGUCGCACGCCGCACAGAAACAUCCGCAUCUCUCACAUUUACCCCGAUCCAUGAAGCAAGAACCCUAUGAUGAUAAUUCGGGAGACGAUAUGGACUUCCGGCUAUCACCACUAGCCCACAGCGGCAGUGACCAUAGUAUACGUCAUGGCAUGGUAUAUGAUACGGUCCGUGGACCGGAACUCUUCUGUCAGGAUUGUGGAGUUGCCUUCCAACGCGCUGAUUUGUUGAGGAGACACGUCACUGCUGCCCAUAGCUACAAGCGUCACGACAGCACAAGCAGCACGUGGGAGCAAGAACACACGUGUGACGUGUGCGGCGAGAGUUGCCCCGACGCUCUUACGCUAUUGGCCCACGCUGAAAGACAUGCAGAACGGCAUAGGCCUAAUUCUUCAUCUAGGUUUAAGAAAAUGGCAAAAGGCCGGAAUGCGUCAGGCAGUAAUUUGAGGCAGUUUCCAUGUAGAGAAUGCGGCAAAGUGUUCGGUUCACGAAGUUCCCAGCAGAUCCACGUGCGCAUUCAUACGGGCGAACGGCCGUACGCGUGCCGAUUUUGUUGGAAGGCCUUCGCUGAUGGCGGUACAUUAAGAAAACACGAACGUAUACACACGGGUGAAAAACCGUACGCAUGCGCAGUAUGUCCUCGAGCUUUCAACCAGCGAGUGGUAUUAAGGGAACAUGUGAGAUCGCAUCACUCUGCACCUGAUCGACGGGCGAAUGGCGGAUACCAGUACUCAUGCGCAGUUUGUGGUCGACCAAUGUUAACGAGUGCGGAGCUGGUGCAACAUCUCAUACAGCACUGUGAUGAAAACACCGCUAUGAAGAGGCAACCGCAGUCCGGUCCGCGCAAAUACAAGCGGCGUCGUAAAGUGAAGACUGAGGCGCCUGCCGAGUGGGACGGGUCACCCCCCGCGUCCCCAAGGCGACGGGCAGCCGUGGCACCCGCACCACGCCCACGCAUGAUCCACACCUCCGAGGAGACCAGGGCUAGGACUAAACAGGUUCGAACUCGCCGACCGCCUCGUCACCCAGCCGACGACUUACGGGCUAUCGCCGGUUCCCCUUCGCCCCAACCGAGGAAUUCCCCUUCUCCUCCCCCUUCGCCCGGUUCACCAGAAGACGCAGACGUGGAUGGACCAUACAAGUGCGAAAUGUGCUCGCUAGAAUUCCCCCGACGCGACGCCCUCUUACUUCACGUCCCUAUACAUAUAUGA